UUUUCCUACUAUAAAUAGAUUAUCAAAUCAUUUGAUCGGAGACAUCACCAAAGAAAAAAACUAAAAAUGCUUAACUAUGUGAUUAUUCUUCCUUUAGCACUCUUUCUCUUGGCUUACAAAUUCUUCUUUACCUCCAAAAGGCAGCGUUACCAUCUCCCUCCCUCUCCAUCUUACUCUCUCCCCGUCCUCGGUCACCACCUCCUCAUCAAACCGCCGGUUCACCGUCUCUUCCACCGCCUCUCCAAUAUCCACGGCCCAAUCUUCUACCUCCGACUUGGUUCCCGCCGUGCCGUCGUCAUCUCCUCCUCCUCACUGGCAAGAGAAUGUUUCACAGGUCAAAACGACGUCGUUGUAUCAAACCGCCCUCGUUUCCUAACCUCCAAAUACAUCGCUUACAACUACACAACCAUCGCAACCACAUCUUACGGUGACCACUGGCGUAACCUCCGCCGCAUUUGCUCCCUCGAAAUCGUCUCCUCAAAACGUCUAGCCAAUUUUCUCCACAUCCGCAAAGAGGAGAUCCAGCGCAUGCUCACGAGGCUCUCACGUGACGCCCGUGUUGGCAACGAGGUCGAGCUCGAGUCGGUCUUAUACGACCUAACGUUCAACAAUAUCGUGAGGAUGGUUACAGGGAAGAUAUAUUACGGCGACGAUGUCAGCGACAAAGAAGAAGCAGAGCUGUUCAAGAAGCUUUUUACUUUCAUCACCACUAAUAGUGGCGCGAGGCAUCCUGGAGAAUACUUGCCAUUCAUGAAGAUAUUCGGUGGGAGCUUCGAGAAGGAGGUGAAAGCUGCUGCAAAAGUUAUCGAUGAGAUGUUGCAGCGUUUGCUCGACGAGUGCAAGAGUGAUAAAGACGGAAACACUAUGGUUAAUCACUUGCUCUCUUUGCAACAAGAUGACCCUGAGUACUACACUGACAUCAUUAUCAAAGGCCUAAUGCUGGGCAUAAUGGUUGCCUCAUCAGAGACCUCUGCUUUGACAAUAGAAUGGGCGAUGGCGAGUUUGUUGAAUCACCCAAAAAUUUUGGACAAAGUAAAACGAGAGAUGGAUGAGAAAAUCGGACAAGACCGUUUGAUCGAAGAAUCAGACAUUGCAAACCUGCCUUACCUCCAAAAUGUAGUGUCCGAGACACUCCGACUACACCCAGCAGCGCCGGUUCUUGUGCCAAGAUCAACAGCAGAAGACAUUAAGAUCGGAGGAUACGAUGUGCCAAGUGACACAAUGGUAAUGGUCAACGCGUGGGCUAUACACAGAGAUCCAGAUCUUUGGACCGAACCGGAAAGGUUUAACCCUGAGAGGUUUAACGGUGGACAAGGAGAAAAAGACGAUGUUCGUAUGCUAAUAGCGUUUGGAAGCGGACGGAGGAUAUGUCCUGGCGUUGGGUUAGCUCACAAGAUUGUGACAUUAGCGCUAGGAUCGUUGAUUCAAUGCUUUGAUUGGAGAAAAGUGAACGAACAAGAGAUUGAUAUGAGUGAGGGUCCGGGGAUGGCAAUGCGUAUGAUGGUGCCGUUACGAGCCAUGUGUAAGACUCGACCCAUAAUGAAUAAGCUUCCGGCCCACUCGAAGGUUUAGUUCUGUUUUUGUAACUUUUUAUUGAAAAAAUAUUACAUUCUGUUUACGUUAGUGUAACGAGGACUACGUGUGUGAUGGGCGAAUAAUAAAUUGAAAUAAAAAGCUAUGUUUAGCAAUAAGAAAUCAAUAAGAGCCUUUUUCUCCUA